CCAGCCUGUUCUGUCUUCCUAACUGUGGAAAAAUGAGACGGUUGCUUGAACAUUUGUUGGCUUGGCAGAAGAGGAAAUAAAAACAGAACAGGAGGUGGUAGAGGGCAUGGAUAUCUCUACUCGCUCCAAAGAUCCUGGCUCUACAGAGAGAACAGCCCAGAAAAGAAAGUUCCCCAGCCCUCCGCAUUCUUCCAAUGGCCACUCACCACAGGACACAUCGACAAGCCCCAUUAAAAAGAAAAAGAAACCCGGCUUACUGAACAACAGCAAUAAGGAGCAGUCAGAACUAAGACAUGGUCCGUUUUACUAUAUGAAGCAGCCACUCACCACAGACCCUGUUGAUGUUGUACUGCAGGAUGGACGGAAUGAUUUCUACUGCUGGGUUUGUCACCGGGAAGGCCAGGUCCUUUGCUGUGAGCUCUGCCCCCGGGUUUAUCACGCUAAGUGUCUGAGACUGACAUCGGAACCAGAGGGGGACUGGUUUUGUCCUGAAUGUGAGAAAAUUACAGUAGCAGAAUGCAUCGAGACCCAGAGUAAAGCCAUGACAAUGCUGACCAUGGAACAGUUAUCGUACCUGCUCAAGUUUGCCAUUCAGAAAAUGAAGCAGCCAGGGACAGAUGCGUUCCAGAAGCCCGUUCCAUUGGAACAGCAUCCCGACUAUGCAGAAUACAUCUUCCAUCCCAUGGACCUUUGUACACUGGAAAAGAACGCUAAAAAGAAAAUGUACGGCUGCACAGAAGCCUUCCUGGCUGAUGCGAAGUGGAUUUUGCACAACUGCAUCAUUUACAAUGGGGGAAAUCACAAGUUGACGCAAAUAGCUAAAGUCAUCAUCAAGAUCUGUGAACAUGAGAUGAAUGAAAUCGAAGUAUGUCCAGAAUGUUACCUAGCUGCUUGCCAAAAACGAGAUAACUGGUUUUGCAAGCCUUGUGGCAAUCUGCAUCCUUUGGUCUGGGCGAAACUGAAGGGGUUUCCAUUCUGGCCCACAAAAGCUCUGCGGGAUAAGGAUGGGCAGGUCGAUGCCCGUUUCUUUGGACAACACGACAAGGCCUGGGUUCCAAUAAAUAAUUGCUACCUCAUGUCUAAAGAAAUUCCUUUUUCUGUGAAAAAGACUAAAAGCAUUUUCAACAGUGCAAUGCAAGAGAUGGAGGUUUACGUGGAGAACAUCCGCAGGAAGUUUGGCGUUUUUAAUUACUCUCCGUUCCGGACACCCUACACGCCCAACAGCCAGUACCAAAUACUGCUCGAUCCCGCCAACCCCAGUGCUGGCACCGCCAAGAUAGACAAGCAGGAGAAGGUCAAGCUCAACUUCGACAUGACAGCGUCACCCAAGAUCCUGAUGAGCAAGCCCAUGCUGAGCGGGGGCGCCGGGCGCAGGAUUUCCCUGUCGGGCAUGCCUCGCUCCCCUAUGAGCACCAACUCGUCCGUGCACACGGGCUCCGACGUGGAGCAGGACGCCGAGAAAAAGGCCACAUCCAGCCACUUCAGCGCCAGCGAGGAGUCCAUGGACUUCCUUGACAAGAGCACAGCUUCACCAGCCUCCACCAAGAUGGGACAAGCAGAGAGUUUAUCUGGAAGCCUGAAGCCCUUCUCUCCCCAAGCAUCGAAGCCAGUCAUGACGAAAGUGGACAAAACUCCCACCACUGGAAGCAUCCUGAAUCUUAACCUUGAUCGAAGCAAAGCUGAGAUGGAUCUGAAGGAGCUGAGCAAGUCUGUCCAGCAGCAGUCCACCCCCGUCCCACUCGUCUCUCCCAAGCGGCAGAUCCGCAGCAGGUUCCAGCUAAAUCUUGACAAGACAAUAGAGAGUUGCAAAGCACAAUUAGGAAUAAAUGAAAUCUCGGAAGAUGUUUAUACGGCCGUAGAGCACAGCGAUUCAGAGGAUUCCGAGAAGUCGGAUAGUAGCGAUAGUGAGUAUAUCAGUGACGAUGAGCAGAAGUCCAAGAAUGAGCCAGAAGAUGCAGAAGACAAAGAGGGGAGUCGGAUGGACAAAGAGUCACCUGCUGUUAAAAAAAAGCCCAAACCAACCAACCCGGUGGAGAUGAAAGAGGAGCUGAAAAGCACAUCACCAACCAGCAAGGAAGCAGAUGUGGGGGCAGUCAAGGAAGAGGCUAGCCCAGAGCCUGAGAAGGACAUUUCGGAAAAGGCAAAACCUUCGCCUCAUCCCACAAAGGACAAACUGAAGGGAAAGGAUGAGACGGAUUCCCCAACAGUGCAUCUGGGCCUGGACUCUGAUUCUGAGAGUGAACUUGUCAUAGAUUUAGGAGAAGACCAUUCUGGGCAGGAGGGUCGAAAAAAUAAGAAGGAACCCAAAGAGCCAUCUCCCAAGCAGGAUGUUGUAGGUAAAGCGCCACUAUCCGCUACGGCGGGUAGCCAGUCUCCCCCUGAAACGUCGGUUCUCACCCGCUCUUCCUCCCAAACUCCCACGGCUGGGGUCACGGCCACCACCAGCACAACGUCCACGGUCACGGCUCCGGCCGCUGCCGCCACGGGAAGCCCGGUGAGAAAGCAGAGGCCGCUUUUACCGAAGGAGACUGCCUCAGCCGUGCAGCGGGUCGUGUGGAACUCAUCAACUGUCCAGCAGAAGGAGAUCACGCAGAGCCCAUCCACGUCCACACAGUCGUCGCCCCUGGUCACCAGCUCGGGGUCCACGAGCACCCUUGCGUCUUCAGUCAACGCUGACCUGCCCAUCGCCACUGCCUCAGCCGAUGUUGCCGCAGAUAUCGCCAAGUACACGAGCAAAAUGAUGGAUGCAAUUAAAGGAACGAUGACAGAAAUAUAUAACGAUCUCUCUAAAAACACUACUGGAAACGAGAUCCGCAGGCUGAGAAUCGAGAUCGAGAAGCUUCAGUGGCUGCACCAGCAAGAGCUCUCCGAAAUGAAACACAACCUGGAGCUGACCAUGGCGGAGAUGCGGCAGAGCCUGGAGCAGGAGCGGGACCGGCUCAUUGCCGAGGUGAAGAAGCAGCUGGAGCUGGAGAAGCAGCAGGCAGUGGACAAGACCAAGAAGAAGCAGUGGUGCGCCAACUGCAAGAAGGAAGCCAUCUUCUACUGCUGUUGGAACACCAGCUACUGCGACUACCCCUGCCAGCAGGCCCACUGGCCCGAGCACAUGAAGUCCUGCACCCAGUCAGCUACCGCCCCACAGCAGGAAGCAGAUGCCGAGGUGAACGCGGAAACACUAAACAAGUCGUCCCAGGCUAGCUCCUCCAGCACGCAGUCAGCCCCUCCAGAAACGGCCAACGCCUCGAAAGAGAAGGAGACGUCAGCUGAGAAGAGCCGGGACAGUGGCUCAACCCUCGACCUUUCUGGUUCCAGGGAGACGCCCUCCUCCAUUCUCUUAGGCUCCAACCAAGGAUCUGACCACUCCCGGAGCAGUAAAUCCGGUUGCUGGAGCAGCAGCGACGAAAAGCGGGGCUCGGCACGUUCCGAGCACAACGCCAGUACCAGUGCCAAGAGUCUCAUUCCCAAAAAGUCUCGGCUGGACACCUUCUGGGACUAGGGACAAAUCAACACACACCACCCAGCCCAUGGCGGGGGUGGAGG